AUGGAGAGAAAGGUUGCUGGCGGUAACAGUGGAUUUCCCCGGCAAAGCCCGCACGCACGCACGAACGCUGUUCUUCCCCUGCCUGUUUCUGUAGCCUGCACGGGCAGGGGCAGCCAGGCCCCAGUCCCGUCACCUCAGGAGCUGCGGCUGGCCAACUCCGGCUACUCGGGGUCCAUCCCGGAGACGUUUGGGCGGCUGACGAGCCUGACGACGCUGUCGCUGCAGAACAACAACCUCACCGGGCGGAUCCCGGCGGGGCUGAGCCGGCUGAAGCGCAUGUACCACCUGAACCUGAGCAAGAACGGGCUGGACGGCGCCGUGCCGUUCGACGGCGCGUUCCUCCGGCGUCUCGGCCGGAACCUCGACCUGAGCGGCAACCCGGGGCUGUGCGUGGACGACCGGGCCGCCACGAAGGAGGUCGGCGUGGGCGUCUGCGGUGGCGGCGACGGCUCCGGCGCUUCCCCCGGCAGAGCCAUCGCGAGGGGCGGCGCCCUCUGGCCGUCGGCCUCCGCGCUGCUCUGCUCCUGCCUCUUGCUCUGA